CCCGUCCAGUGACUCCCAGUGCUGUUCACUCCUCCCUCGCUCUCUCUCUUCCCGUCUCUUUGCCGCUUGUUUCCUUCUUCCUGUUUUCUGCUGCCAGCUUCCUGUUCCCAGGCGGCCGGCAUAGCAGCAGGAGAACCAGCCCGCCGGGUCAUUGGACCACUUCAGAUGGGAUCAGCAGCAGAAUCUGCUCUUCAUGUUGGAGUUUUACUUGUUUUGAUUCAACGCCGUUAAUCCGGAGCUGAAUCUGUCUGCCCAGCAGGAGGCGCUGCAGCAACAGAACUGGGUCCGACGGGCCGGACCCUCUCUGGCUCUGGUUUUGGUUCUGACCUGGAAGAAGUUUUCUUUGUUGAACACCCCCUGCAGGCCGCCAUGGGAGCCGCAGCAGCUGCCUGAGCGUCUCACCUGUUGGAUGGCUACAGGUGAGAACCACUGGAGGGUCUAUGAAGUGGCUCAGCAGGUGAGGAACACCUGGUGGCACGCCACAGGUGAGCCGGGCUCCGUGGACAGGACCGGAGUGACGAGGGGGCGGAGUCACAUGGGAAGUGCAUGCCAUGGAGGUCAAAGGUCAACUCAUUUUAGCACCUGAGCCCCUCACCUGUCCAAGCAGGAGGCAAAAAGAGCGAAUGGCAGAGCUGCAGGAGAGGAGGCGGAGCCUGCAGGUGCUACUGAGCGCGAGAUUGGCCGAGCUGAGGCGAAUCUGCCUCCAGGAGGCGGAGCUGACAGGUGCGGUGCCCAGCGACUUCCCUCUGGAGGCGGGCGAGAAGCCGCCCUGCAUCCGCAGACGAGCGGCUCCGACCCGCCAGGGGAACAGGAAAUGUCGAGUGGAGGAAGAAGAUGGCCAGCGGUCCAAAUCCAGAAAAACGCUGUUCAGCGCCGCGCUGAGGAAACACAGCGACUCUGAGAAUGGCACACACACUCACACACACACACACCACGGCAAGAGGACGGUGCACCGGGGUUGCCACACAGGUAACACACACUUAUAUGGACCCGUUGCGGUGUGAUGUCACACAGCAGGUCCCGCCCCCAGCUUCCUGUUGCAGGGCUAAAAUCCUGGAUAUAAGCAAUAACAUGCAGCGUCUCUUCAUUUCCACACUGUAACCUCGAACCCACAAAAUACCCUAUUUCCCGGACUAUAAGCCGCUACUUUCUUCCUAAGCUUUGAACCAUGUGGCUUAUAUGUGGAUUUUUCUUCAACCAC